GGAUCCACUGCCGUAUGAUUAUUAUGGGCCACUCAUAAAACUUAACCCAGAAUGAAAAGCCCAAAUAAAUACAUUUACUCACCGUUUGUUAACGAUUGUUCUAUUCGCGAAGAGAUUCAUCUGAUCUAAUCAGUUACUGGGCCACGAGCCUGGAGAAAAAAAUUAUUUUCCGGGAAACCCAAUUGAAUAAGAUGGUGAUUUUGAUGGACAAAAAGGAAAAGGAAGCUACCUAAUAAUAAUCUGAACAAAAAUCAAACCAGCGAACGAAAGAGAAGAUACGACCGGCGAUGGUUGGGCAGCAUCCUCGCCGUCUUGCCGUGACGGCGGUUCCCGUGAUCCUAUUAUUUUUGGUUCUCAGCAAUUCUGCCGGCGCUUCGAACUCGGUGUCGGCUUUCGUUCAGAACGCCAUCUUGUCCAACAAGAUUGUCAUCUUCUCCAAGUCUUACUGCCCGUAUUGCUUGCGCUCGAAACGUAUCUUCGGCGAGCUUAAGGAACAGCCAUUUGUUGUGGAGCUUGAUCUCAGAGAGGACGGAGAUCAAAUCCAGUACGAGCUUCUGGAAUUCGUUGGCCGCCGUACAGUCCCGCAAGUUUUUGUAAACGGCAAGCAUAUUGGUGGAUCAGAUGAUCUUGGAGCUGCUGUGGAGAAUGGUGAGCUGCAAAAGCUUCUUGCUGCAAGUUGAUUUUGAGAAUCUGGAAAGUGAUUUACAGGAAUAGUUGUAAUCUUUGACUGAAUAAAUCGAAUUGGUAUGUGUCUUGAUUGUUCAUUAUACAUAUAUAAGUUUAUGACGGCGUUGGUAAAAAAAAAAAACUUCAUCUUUCAUUACUGCAUUGCUCCGGUGAUUGUUUGCCUUAGCGAAUGGUUAACAAGUCUUAGGAGUAUUCCAUCAUAUACUGUAACUCUUUAUCCAAUUUUUGCUGCGGUCAACGAGUGGUUGGAUUAUGAUCGUGGUCCUUGUAUUCUAUCAGCCUCUGCUGCUACCGAAACAAGAUUGUAUCUACAAAGGGCAGGAGACGUCAGGAUUGCUACUAUAAAGGUGAAAAGCAAUUACCUUUCAACUUGCAGAAAAGAUGAUCAAGAGAGAUCAUGGCUCCGUGCGAAAAGAUUCGCACCAGUCAUGGUAAAUUCUAGAUUAUGGGAAGCGUAUCAGGUGAAUAGUUAGCUUCAUGUCCCACACCUGCAUGUCUUUUUAUGUUAAAGCUGGCUACAAAUCUGCAUAUGGACAUAGUCUGCUGUGAAAUCUUGAGGAGCUGUUUUAGGCGGUAAUUUGAAACCGACGAGGCCAGUCUGUAGGCCACUUGCUCCCUCUCUGUUGCAUCUUAACAUGUUCUAGAAGCAUUUGGUAGGACAGGAUAACGCCAAACACUCUGCUAGGAAACCGUUACUGUCGAGAUGACUCUGCUAGGAAACCGUUACAGUCGAGAUGGCUGGGAACUGAACCUGAGACAGUGAGACUCAGUGCUCGUCUCCUUUGGUGCACAUGC